AUGAAACUAUUUUUUAUAACAAUUACAGUUUUGGUAUUUAUUACAAUCUGUCAAGCAUGGAAAGCACCAGGAUGUGAUGGUGAUGCCAGAUUGAAUAUUAAAGAUAAUGCUUAUUAUUGUACUGCAAAACCUUGUAAUCAUAUCGGUCAUUGUCCAUCUGGUCAAAUACCUAAAUGGGAAACUCAUCAAGGCUUUUCUCGAGCCUGUUGGUGUGAUAAGAAAAUUAGUGAUGAAGAUGCAAAGAAAGAAUUGGGAAAAGAAUGUUUUAGAUAUCUUUCUCAAUGUGAUAGAGGCUCUAAUUAUGCCGAAUCAUGUAAUUAUGCCAGAUCCAUUUGUGAUAAAUCAGAGGAUACACAAGAAUUAAGCAAUAUCAUACGUGUAACACCUCAGAGGAUUAGUCAAAUGAGCAGAGAAGAGAGGCUGAUGGAAGCAAUAAAUGAAAUUCAAAACGAUACAGGUUUUACUCAAAAGGAGCUCUCUCAAAAGUAUGGAGUUUCUGAAAGUGAGCUAUCCAAGAAAAAAAAUAACCUCUCCUUUAAGCCAAGAGGUAGAUAUCUCACCGAAGCAGAAGAAUUAGAGAUGAUAAAGAUGGUAGAAGAAUCAAACACCAAGAAUAUUCCGAUAACGAAAGAGAAUAUUCUAAAUUGGGUGGUCGGAAAGGUAUAUGACAAAUAUGGCUAUACAAUGAGUCGUCACCCUGGUCGUGACUGGUGGACAAAGCUGAAACAAAAACAUCCGAUCUUAAAGUUAAGAAAGGUUAAGUUUCAAGAUGAAGCCAGAUUAAAAGCGGAGAAAGAGGCCGAUAUUCAAGGUUUCAUCAAGAGUGUUCAUAAAGUGAUAGUGGAAAACCAAAUUCAACCAAAGAAUGUGAUAAACUCUGAUGAGAAAGGUGUUUUAUUCACGAAAAUGAAUCAAAAGGUUGCCAUUAUUGACGGUGGAAACAAAUUUGAGACAGUCAAACCUAGGUUUCCCAAGCAAUCCCAAAGUCAACACUUUACAAUGAUUGGAACAAUAACAGCAUCUGGUCAUGCUCUACCACCCUAUAACGUUCUCCAGAUUCCUAAACGAGUAAAAUGGGAACACAUGCAAAAUUCAAAUUAUGGUGUCAUUAUUGCUAAUGAGUCAGGAUAUGUAACGCAAGAGAUAAAGAAAGAAUAUGUCGAAUGGCUUCUAGGACAAUUUAAGAAAACAGAUAAAAAGCUGCUUUUAGUGGACAAUCACAUAUCCAAUUAUUUCUUUGACGAAAAAAAACUUUGUGAUGAGAAUAAUCUUAUCAUAAUGACGUUCCCAUCAAACCUGACUCACAUUCUCCAGCCUUUGGAUUUAGUCCUAUUUUCGUCAUUCUCUCAACACCUAUCGAAUUUGCUCAGAGAUGGGUUAAAGGACAAUCCAAAGUUUAAAGUGAACGAUAAACACUACCAAAUGUUGACUUAUCAUGCUUGGUCAUCAUCAUUCAACUCGUCCAAUAUAAGAAUGUCUUGGAUUAAGUCUGCCGAAAAACUCUAUCUCAAAGGAAAUCGCUAUAGCCGGGAACAAAGAGAUUGUUCCGGCAAAUGCUCAAGCCAUGACCCAAAAAGAACGGGCUAUAGUAAUGAGAGAUAA